AGAGCUAGUUUCCACCACCACCUCAUAUACCGAACUAUGCACUAUGCAGCGGACAGUUGCAGGCCCAGCCCGCAUAACCCCGGGCUUUUGGAGUAAACAGAAGCCCUAUACCGAACUACGAGCGCCCUAAUUCGUCGUGUUCCCUUCUCCGCCUCUGCUUCACACUCGAAUUCCAUGGCAGCCAUCAGAAGAAUCGUCGGCUACAACAAUUCCGUAUCUCCCUUUCUUCUCACUUUCCGCAGAGCCAUUUCUUUCAAGCUUUUCAUCGGAGGACUCUCUUUUCACACAACAGAGAAAACCUUAUCAGAAGCAUUCUCAAAUUAUGGACAAGUUAUAGAAGCCAAAGUUGUAACUGAUAGGGUGUCAGAGAAAUCUAAAGGGUAUGGUUUUGUUACUUUUGCUUCACAAGAUGAAGCUGAGAAUGCCAUAGCUGAGAUGAAUGAAAAGGCACUGAACGGACGUGUUGUCUUCGUCGAUUAUGCGAAACCGGAUACUAAACGAAGUAUGGGAAUGCCAAUUGCAAGAGGGCCUCCUGAAGUUCUGAACAAACAAGAGAUAGUAGAUUCUCCUCAUGACACAUGAGAUACAAUACUGCGAGGUUUUGACAUUGUUACUUUUCUAAGGUGAGCGGUUUGCUACUUUAGAAUGUAAAGUAAGUGAUCUUCACCGAUAUAUAAUAGUAUGCACAUGCAUAGCAAAUCAUGAAUGUUUUGGAAUAUCAAUAAUCGGUUGAGAUUGCUUACUUCACUGUUUAAAGUGAAUUGCUAACUUUGAAUGAGUCGAAUCAAUAAUAGUAGCAGAGUUUUCUUUCAUCAGUUCUUACUUGCAUGUGGAGGAAUGAGUGAGUUUUUUUGAGGUUAUAGAACCAUACAACUAUUGAAGAACUGCUUAGUGUUAAGUGAAGGAUUACUGUAAUAGGGUUUGAGCUCUUCUGAGCAAGCUUGUAUAUAAAGUGAGAAGAUAAGGUGUGUUCACUUCUA